UGUCUAUGUCAUGAUCUUUCAUAUUUUGGGAAUCAUUGCAUUUAUAAACAAUAGCUUCCAGUCCUUUGGGAGCCCCAGAGAGGUGAAAACUGGUUGUGAACUGGUGAAUAGCAGAUAAGGGAGGACAGGAGGUAAAUACUACACUUGGAAUGUUCCAGAGGGAGAAGAGCACCACUGAAUGUCCAUUUUCCUGUGCUCUCAAAAUGCAUCCCCAGGCUUGGUGGCAAGUAUAGGCCUGAGCAUGGACGUGACACUUUCCAGAGCUCAAUCUCUCACAGGUUUUGUCCUCUGUGCUCAGUCUGAGUAACUGUUUCAUUGUUUUCUCUGGAUGAAUAUACACAUUCAAGCUCUAGGGAUGGAAGAUGCAAAACAUUGUUGCUCCCUCUCCGUUCUGCUACAGGAAAUAGCUUUACUGUGAAUAUACUUUUCACACUAAGGUGUUGUGCCUCCUCAGAUCAUCUUUGAACCCUUUGCUCUCCUCAUAAAGCAAAAUAAGCAUCACUGUGAAACAAUGCUAUUGAGACUUGCUGAUGCAAGGUGUCACUUGAUUUUUUACAGUUCCUCUUGGCUUGCUGCCUGCUGACCUCUGAAUUACUGUCCACGUGGUCUGUGUGAGCAGGCCAGAUCUACACAGUUGUCCUUUUUAAUGUUUCCUUGCUUACUUCCAGGAGACUGAAUUCAGAGGAUAACAGCUGCUUCCCAAGGAUUGUCCCUAAGAGUUGGUACUCUUUGGAGGUCCUGUAUGCUGUGCUAGCUCAGUCCCAGCUUUAAUGUAUCUUCUGCUUCAGAUGAAAAUGAGAAAUAUUUGCAAACAACAGAAAUGCACUGAGCUGUCUGUUUCUUGGACCCUCUUAAUUCUUUGGUGUGCUUAUUACAUGCUUGGUGAAAAAUACUCAUUCAGGCAGUAUGGCUUUAAAUGAAAGAGGUGAUUCCUUGCUGCUAGCUAUUGUGUAGAAGAUAGGAUUUACUGGGUGAUGCUGAAAGGAGAUGAUGAUUGUGUGUGCAUUGUUCUCCCUGUUUUAAUGGCUCCGCCUAAAAAAUUCCUGUUUUAAGGAGCUGCUCACUUCUCUGUUCAGAUCGAAGCACACUGAAGCACCCACUUCAGUGUUGUUGAGAGCUCUGGUUCUCCAUUGUGGGGGGAAGGGGGGGUGAUUCUUGGGAAAGCUUCCAGCACUGGGCCAACUGUGGAAAGAGCCGGGCUUUGUGCCAGCCGUGCGGAGGGAGGGGGAGCUCGGAGCCCUACAGGGAGUGUAUCAGGCAGGGGCUGGUGCAGCCUGUCGCCUUCUGCCGAGUCCUGGUGCUGCUUCUGUUUCAGGAGAGAAAAACUAUUCUGCCCAGAGCUGUGGUCAAGCAGAGACCCCUUGAGAGGUCUGUGUUGUAGACACAGCGAAACAAACUGCGGUAUUUGGAGACCAUGGCUACAGACCCACUCUCGGAGCUUCAGGAUGACCUGAACUUGGAUGAUACCAACCAGUCCCUCAGCCAGCUCAAACUGACCUCCAUAGAUGAUAAGAACUGGCCAUCAGAUGAAGUCCCCGCUUUUCCCAAAUCAGAUGACUCCAAAGGCUCCCCUGAGCCUGUCACUCACCUGCAGUGGGAUGAUCCCUACUAUGAUAUCGCCAGGCACCACAUUGUGGAAGUAGCAGACCAGGGUGCACUUGAUGGGGCCCAACCAGGUGAUGACAAAUAUGGAAGAAAAGUAAUUUUGUUCAGUGCCUGCCGGAUGCCUCCAAGUCAUCAAUUAGAUCACGUGAAACUGCUGGGGUACCUGAAAUUCACACUGGACCAGUAUGUGGAGAGUGACUACACUCUGGUGUACCUGCACCAUGGCCUGACCAGUGAGAACAAGCCAUCCCUGAGCUGGUUGCGGGAUGCCUACAGGGAAUUUGAUCGCAAGUACAAGAAGAACAUCAAAGCCUUGUAUAUUGUGCACCCAACCAUGUUCAUCAAGACCCUCCUGAUACUCUUCAAGCCUCUGAUCAGCUUUAAAUUUGGACGAAAGAUUUUUUAUGUGAAUUACCUUAGUGAGCUGGAGGAGUAUGUGAAGCUGGAACAGUUGGGGAUCCCAAGCCAAGUACUGAAGUAUGAUGAAUACCUGAGAUCCCUGCAGAAACCUUCGCAAGUGCCCCAGAAGCCAACACCCCCACGCCCACCACUGCCACACCAGCAGUUUGGAGUCUCCCUACAGCAUCUCAGGGAGAAGAGCCCUGAUCAGUCUCCUGUUCCUCUGGUGGUCAGAGACACCAUUGCUCACUUGCGGGAGCAUGCUCUUAAUACAGAGGGCAUUUUCCGGAGAUCAGCAAAUACACAGGUUGUCAGAGAGGUCCAGCAAAAAUACAAUAUGGGUGUACCUGUAGAUUUCCAGGAGUAUGAAGAUGUCCACCUCCCUGCUGUGAUUCUCAAGACCUUCUUGAGGGAGCUACCUGAGCCACUCCUCACUUUUGGCCUCUACAGCCAUGUUGUCAGCUUCCAGAGUGUGGAGGAGGUGAAACGUGUGGAAGUUGUUCGCAAAGCACUCCAGGAUUUGCCGGAAGAAAACUACCAAGUGCUCCGUUUACUGACAGCCUUUCUGGUGCAGGUCUCUGCUCACAGCGACAGAAACAAGAUGACAAACACCAACCUGGCAGUUGUGUUUGGCCCAAAUCUGCUCUGGGCCAAAGAUGUGGCCAUCACUCUAAAAGCCAUCAAUCCCAUCAAUACCUUUACCAAAUUCCUGCUGGACCACCAGAAGGAGCUGUUUGAGGCUGCGGAGGCCUGAAUCCAGGCCAGCCCACACCUGCACACUGUGCCCACCUUCCCCCUUCUUUGUCUUGGAGCUGUGACCAAGCUGUCUCCAGUACAAAGGGACCACUGAUCUUCUGGGUGAUGAGCAGAGUGAGGGCUGUGGAGAUGAUGGUGAAAGUGUGCAAGUAAGUGAGCAGGAGACCUGCAGCUCUGGAUGGGCAGGGGAGCUGGUCUCCCAGCUGCUGAGACUGGAGUCCUAACCCACCUGCGCAGCUCCUCCAGGGCUCAUCACCAGUCUUCUGCCCUCUCAGAUGAUCUGCCUUCUUUUCCUCCUUCCCUUAUGUGCAGUUUUUCUGCCCUCCUGGUCCCUUCCUCAGCACAGAUCUUUUUGUUCAAGCUCCCAAUAGCCCCAGCUCACCCCUCCUUGCCUCAGCUGGGCUGUUUGGGUUAGGGUGGGCUUGCUGGGUUUUAUGAUGAAGACAUUCUUACUGUGAGUGCCAUUUCUCAGCACUGAGCAUGCGUGCUGCCUUUCCCCAGGGACACUAAAGCAGGGAAGGGAGCAGCAGGAGCCCUUGUGCUUCAGGUAGCAGCAUGUCCUGCACUUGCAAACACCACUCUAGACCCCCUGCUUUUGACAGGCAGGUGAAGGACAGGCUCAUGUCAAUGGGCUGUGUUACCUGUCAGACUCCAAAGCAAUGAAGGUGAGUUUAGCCCAAAGCCCAGCUCCUCUGGGGUCACCCACUCCAGAUACUAUUCAGCAUUUGCUGGACUGCAGUGGGUGACUUGCCUCUGUAGUUAUCCAGCUCAGGUGUGUUUGUCCCUCCAGCAGCACUUCCAGCCUGGCUGGGAAGGUUCAUGCCAGGCUUGGCUGUGCAUGCAGGCCAGCUGUGACCCUUUGACAGCUGGUGAGUCUGAAUGGCAGGAGCAAGUACCCUGGUGGCACUGAGCUGCUGAACACCAUGAGGAUCACCAUCUGUCCUGGCAGCAGCACAAGGCCUCCUCUUCUGGCACAUGUACCUGUGUUGACUGGCACAGGCUGCCUUGACUAGUUAGUUGUCUUUUUGAGCACAAUGUUCCCCAGCACAGUAACAGAGAGCAUGGCCUUGUUGGAAAGUCUGGGGACUGGGGCUAACCCUCACCAUGGAGUGUACCAGGCCUGGAUUACAAAUUUCUGCCCAGGUGCUGAGCACUUGUGCCAAAGCUGUGAGGGAACAGCUAUUCCAUGCCAAGGGCCUUUGCUGUGUCUCCUCCUGGGUUCAUACUUUCCACCCUGGCAUCUGGUCAGAGGCAUCCUGUAUGCCCUGGGCACAGCUGGAGACAUCAUGUUAUCUGCAAGGCAGGCUCAGAGUGGGGUGGUCCUGGCACCUCCCUGGGGCAGCUAUGAUACUGGCACAGCAUCUCUGUUGGGUUUGCAUUGCCUCAUUCCCAUUGCCUGAGCUAAAAGAGAUCCUUCUCCUCAGCCUGGGCCUGUCUGGGUUUUAGGAGGGAGCUUCUAGCCUUACUUCACUGGUGUGAUUUACCUUUGUAUCUUGUGCCCUGUGUGCCUGGGCCAGACCUCUCUGCUGCAUCUGGCUUCAGGGACAAAUCUUUAGGACCAAGCAGAACUGUUUUUUUAAAGCUACUGGAUGCUAAAGAGAAUUUGCUUUUUCAUAAUAUUUUAGCCUGCCUUUAAACACUGACCAAGGGUCGGUGCCCCUGGUGUAGUCAAAGUAAGUGGCAUCUGCUGCAGGAAUUAAGGAGAUUGCUCUUUUUGCUAAACUCUGGAAUGGGGAUGGGUGCAAACGUAGGCAGCUCUGCAAGGCAGCGCAGGUCCAGGCAGCUGCCUUGGAGGAGGCACACCAACGUGUGGGUGGGAACAGUGCACAGGAAAGUGAACAUUACUAAGACUUGAAGCAAGAGAGGUUCUAAGAUAGGACUGGAUCUGAUCCUUUCUAGAUACCAGGAGACUUUGCCCUGUGGAGGCUACCAGGCUGCUGACUUCUUCAAGUCUCCCUCUUCCAAGUGUAGGAACUUUCUCUGUUUGGCCAGGAUGUGAAUUGUCUCAUCCUGAACAAUUCACAGCAGUAGCUAAGUAAAUGUUUUGGAGGGAGAGAUAAUCUGCUCCUAAUGCACUUGUGAUCUCUCCUAGAGUGAGUUAGCAGGUCUCAUGUGCUGUGGAGGAGUAAUCUGGGGUGGACUAGUGUGGAGAGAGGUGUACCUCCCCCAGUGUUUAAGGGGCAAGGCCGUGGAGGCUGAGGGAGCCCAGUGCAGCCCCUCUUUCCCUGCAAGCAUCCUGCUCUGUGGAGGCUUUGGUAGGGGGAGAAGGAGACUUGGUGCUCUGACUGUAUCUGCAGCUGACACUGGCGUCACCUUCAUCUCUGUAGAGGAGAGGCAAGCCCAGUUAACUUCUGGGACAAAUGCCCAAGCUCAGCAGCCUGGAAUCCAAGUGCCUGUGUGCAUGAGGCCUGGCCCUGUGCACACUCUGGGGAAGGUGGUGUGUUCUGGCCUUGCAGAGCAGCAAGGACUGUUCCCUGCCCAGUAGCCAGAGGAGCAGUGCUGGAGUAGCUCCUGUCCAUGGGGAAAGUGGAGGGAAUACUGCAAGCAUCUGAGUUCUGGCUGAACUUUGGUGGUUUAUUUUAGGGGUUUUUUGGGAUUUAGUUUGGGUUUUGGUUUGUUUUUUUUUUAGCGAAUUCUUGAAAUGACGUUUCCUUUUUUAGCAAAAUAGAGGCUGGUUCAUCCCCUGCUGGCAGGGAUAAAAGCCUGCUCCAGUUCAGUGCUUGCAGGGAGCAGAUUCGGAGAGUGUUCAGGGAACUACUACUGCUCAUAGUGGGAAAGUGCUUGCAAAUCCUGGAAGGGACCCACUGUAAAUAUCCCCUUGCCUCUGCUGCUCCUUGUGCUGCUGAGGGCCCUGGAGCAGGCACAGUAACCAGGGUUGCUUUUGCAGUCUGUUCUCCUGAAUGCCUUGUAUUGAAAUAUUCCUCCUGUGAAAGAACUGGCCCGGGCCUGCCUGCAGCCUGUGUCAGGUGGGUGGUUACCAGAGCCUGCUCCUGCCAAAGCCAGGGGGUUAAAUUCCCUCCUCAUAUGGGCAAGGUGCUGGCUGGGCUGGGUUUCUCUGCCUUGUAUAGGUCAGGGGUGGUAUACAGUUAAGGUGCUGGUUUGUGUUGAUUUUCUCCUUGCUAUAGAGCUGCCCAAGGGUCUCUUCCCUGGCUUACCUGUCAGGUUAGCUAUUAGCCAUUUCUUCCUGUGGGGGUACUUGUUCUGCAUCAACCUCCUGCUUUUAGCACCUAGAACAUUCCCCUCUGCUAAGCCUCCUGCUGUCUUAAUGGCCUCUGAUCACUCCCUGGCCCAAGCUGUGAACUGACACCAGAGCUUCUGGGUGAUGCAGGGGGUCUGGGGCCAUCCAGAUGCCUUGUGUGCUGACAUGAGAGAGCUGAGGGCCAGUUUGGUCCCAACUUCCUUUUUUAUGUACAGGGGCUCCUGUGCAAAAAUUUCGGCUUUGCUUUUGUUGCUGGUGUUCCCUGCCUUCUUCUUUGUUGAUGUUCAUCAGGUGCAGGCCUGAGUUUUCACAGUUCACACUGUUUAUUUUUUUUUAAUCUGCACCAAUCUUGUAUUUCACAGUUUGCACUUUUUGUAUUUCAAUAAAAAUCAAAAUGUAAUCUCAGAUCCAGACAUGUUUGUCAAGUGGCAGCAGCAGUGACACAUCUACAAGAAACAAGUAGGGCUGUCUAUGCUGCCAGCCACAUCCAUGCUGCAAGGAAGGAAAGAAAGUAUGAAAUGCCUCCUAUGUGAGUAACUGAACAAAUACUAGGUUACAGGAGCCUUGGCUGGAAACAGAAGUAAAACAAAAAUUAAGUAGUAUAGGUUUGGCUCUUCUGAAGAGGGCUGUUCUUCCAUGUUAACAUCUUCCUGUCAUGAUGAGCAGUCUGCCUAGGAUUUCCAAGGGUGCCAAGUGGGAGUCACUUUAGGAUUAGCUGGCUAAGUUUAUCCUGGGACUAGGUGAUGCACGCAGCAGAAGCCUGCACCUUCUCCUUUCAAUGUAUGUGGAUUGCUAACUUGAUGAACAGUAGUCUGGUUAAGACCACCACACUCCCCUUGAUCCAUAUUCAGUUCACUACUUUUUCCUAAAGACUGUUACAUUGUAACAUUGUAACAUUGUUACAGCAAUUUGCCUGUUACAUCAGUAAGCUUUUUGGCUAGGAUGCAAUAAUUAGGAGUAGAAUAGAGAGUGCUGGGGCUAAAACCAUCAGCACUGGGCAGUAGCCUGACUGCUGGGAUGUCAGGGUGAUGUGUUGAUGCUGAUGUCUAAACUGUGCUGCCAUCAGUUUUUACUGUACCAGUUAAGGGCUUCCCAGUGUUGCCAGUUCCCCUUCUGCACGUUGACAUGGCCUCUGUAAUGGGGUCAGUGUGGUUAACAUGCCAACUGUACAGCAAGAUCUCAAACUUCUCAGUGCAGCAGCUGGUCCUGGCUCUGGGCUUUGUCACAGUGACCUGCCUGGCAUUGUGCUGUAGCAACAUCAGCUCAGAGGAGCUGGAGAGCAGGUGCAUCUGUCCCUGACAGGGAGCUGGCACUGGCAGAACUUACGGUAAGUGCAACCAUGGGCAGUACUGAACGCAGUGUGAGCACCAUUGCAACCGGACACGUGCUCAUGAGUAGCUGCGCCCUGACUUUAUGGACACUGUUCUGAGAACAUUUUUUAUAAAUACAUAAAGUAGGCUCACAAAGUGAUGGUAUUUAUUGUUCAUGACCUUGGUGGUUAAUCAUACUUAUGUGAUUGUUUACUUUCUUGCUUAUUUCCUGAUGUUUUUUCCAAUCUCUUGUCUUCCUGGUGACAUGGUGUAAAUAAUGAAAGCCCUGUAGUAAGCCCCAGAUCCUACAGGAUGGUUUCUGUUGGCAGGAUGGCAGAGUUUUGACACUGCACCAUGUCUUUUUUAAGUUCAUGAAGUGACACUCAUAAAUACACACAUAUACAUGUAUAUAAUCUAGACAGCUUGGUAUCUGUAAGAUUCCAGCAGUAUGCUCAGUUUACUGUGUUACCUUCUGAAGAUGUGAUUAAGAAAAGAUUGCUUUUAUUAGUUACCCUUGUAUUCCAGGCUGGAAUAUUCCCUUCAUAGAAGCUUCUAAUACACAGAGUAAUUUUUCUUUUUUUUCCCCCAUUUCUGUCAUUUUUUUCACUUUAUCUUUUUUAUAAUAACUAGACACCCUUUUACACUGAAGCUUAAAUCAGCAGUUGUUAUUAGUACAUGGAUUUUUAUAAUCUUGUCUUUCCUUUAAAGAGAAGGUGUUGGUACCACACCUGGCAUUAUGUGUUAACUUUUACCAAUACUAGAAUAUAGCUGUUAAGUUUGGGUAUUCUUUCCAUAUUUUAUUAGUCUCUGCUAUCUUUCCUGUCAACUCAAAACAUUCUUAUACUUCUUUAAGUGUGUAGUAGCAACUAUGUACAAUGCAAAUUCUGUGGGUGUAUUUUCCCCUUUUUCCUACCCCUUUCCUCCGAAGACGAAUUAAUAUUUCAGUUUCCCAAUUCACUGGUGAGGUUUCCAGGGUCAAACACUUCCUCCCACCUCCAGGCACCUGUUCUGUCUGUCCCUCUUUUCCUUCCAGUAGGUUGAUCUCAGUAAGAUCCCACUGACCUCUCCAACUAUUAUGCACCAAUCCAUUUUGCCCUCUCUGAUGGAGGCAGCAACUUGCUCUGUCCUGCAUUCACUGACAGGCCACUGACCGUCCUGUUUACUGGACAAAAACAAGCAUGAGCCUGAAAAUGUCCCAGACCUGUUGCUACACAGAAAAAUGCAGAGAGUGUUGCUUACACAAAAGUUUUAUUGGAAAUUCUUUGAAUAUUUGAAGUACACCGGAGACUUUCCAAAACAAUACACUUGAGGAACCUUCCCCUCCACCCAAAGUAUCUGUAAAUCAGCAGCUACAUAGAUACUGUCCUUAAUAUUGAGCUGAGCAGAGAGCUGCUAAAAUAAACAGCCUUCAUAACACAAUCUGUGGCAGGCCAUAGAAGAAGCUAAGUCUUUACUGAAGCAGAGCAUUUGUGCAAUGGUCAGGGAACUCAGAGCCCAGAUGUAGCAACUGUGUUUUGAAAGUGAGGACUGUCUAGAGAAGAGGCAGGUAACUCAACCCUGGAGAAUCUCUUAUUGCUGUGGCCAUCCAGCUCAACACUAGCAGCUUAUAUAGGCAAUUUUCCAGCCUUCUGAAGAGAAGAAAACGUGCCACAGUGACAUUUUGCCUUAUGAGACGUGAGAGCUGUAGCCACGUUAGCAACUCCAUCAAUAAAGGAGCACAAGUACAAGCCCUGACCUCCUGGGUGGGAUUAACAAGAAUGGCAGUGCUUCCUGCCAGCUCCACAGCUUGUCAGCAGAAGAGCACAGCAGGAGUGCUGGCUAGGUGAAGUUUAACCUCAGCUAUUCUCUAUUCAUACGGCGUGAACCAGCCCCUUGCCUCACCUCUGCUGCUCUGCAGCCCACAUCGUAUCACUUUAGACAACCACCUGUCUAUGAGCUACUUCCUACAAAGUGGCUAACCAAUUUCCUGAGUACAGGUGACAGGCAGUUGAUCCAUUAAUUCCUUGUGUUCCAGCACCCUUCUGCAACCCUUUCCACCUGUAAAACAAGGUGGCCCGUGGAUGGGUAUCAUGUAUUUGUUACAGCCCAUGUAACUGAAGUCCUGUUACAAACUGUUUGAUCUUGGAACCUUUCUUAAAUGUCUGUGCAUCUUACUUUGCAUGGACAAAGCAAUUUCCAUGUGAGGUUGCUAAGAAGUUGAAUCAGUUGAGUAAAAUAAAAACGUUCUGGUGGGUAAUUUUCCUUCAAUGAAGCUCUUAUCUGGAGUUUUAGGACUUAGAAGUCUUCCCACCAAACAUAUCUCCCAACAAAAAUUCCCAUAAAGUUCAAAGCAUUGCUGUGCUCUGGCCUUAUAGUGAGCUCUGCUCUGAAUUUGGCUCCUUGCUCCAGCAGUGGCACAGAAAUAGUGUUCCAGACUGGAGCUGGGGUUCCCCCAUCAGCUGCAGGCAAUCUCUUCCAAUGAAGAAUGCAGCUAAGCUGAAGAAGCUGCCACACUGCACCAACUAGAAGGCUGGUUAUUCAGCCCACUCUGAGGAAAUGAAGAUGGUUUCUCAGUACUCAAGCAACAUAACUCCACUUAAAAGAAACAAGGGGGAAAAGAAGUGGUUUUGGACAGUUAGGGGUCUUGCAGUUGCUCACUCUAGUUACAUGGGGCAGGAGGAGAGAGAACCACAAGGAAACUCACCUUAUCCAAGUUUCUGUUUAGUGUCACUGUUUCUCCUCCCAUCCUUACAUGAGGCAGAAGACAUGCAACAGCCAAAUCACCCACUGAGCAAUUCCAGCCAGUCACACUGUCAGUGGCUGGAUUAUUACAAAAAUAAAAUUUCAGCUACUAAAAAGCCAGCUGAUUAAAAAGUACCAUAAGCUUCCCAAAAAAAUGUGCUUCUUUAAAGAAGCUGCCUUCUGAAUGGCCAAAGAACACUACAAAUUCAUCCAUACCUAUCAGAAAACAGCUUUUUACCAAGUCCCUGCCACUCCAUUCCACUGAUGUGUGCAUUUCAUUCUAUCAGUGAGCCCUGACUGGAUGUAAUGGACACAUAGUCCCCAAAACAGAGUAUAAUAUUAAUUAAGUCUGUCUUAGAAAAUAAAUAUCUUGGAUAUUUUCCUGCAAAGAGAGACUAGCCUCACUGGCUAGGGUUCCAUGGCACGCUUGCUCUCUGCAGUGAUCAGGACAGAAUGACCCGCACUAUAACAUGAAAACAGAACAUCUUUUAAAUAUAGGUUUCUUUAAAAGCAAUAAAUAUUUUUUAAUUAUUAAGAUCAUCUAUUAACCAUAAAGCAGGAAGGCUUGCAAGGAUUAGA